AUGAUUGGAGCAGAGGGAGAUGCGUCUGACUGUGGGCUUCUUCCUUCCUUGUCUUUUCCUGUGCACACAUCUUCCAGUGCACUUUAUGCACUUGUUAGUCAAGUAGUUGGACCUGUGCUUGAUACCUAUGUUGAUCAGGCCCGGAGAUGUGACGCAGAGAACAAUUUGCGUCUGAUAUGCUCCACCUCCUUCAGAGAACGGCCUUACACUGCACACCAAAGACUCGUGCACCAUACGGGGGUGGGGAGAUCGGCAUCUGUUCCUCUGAAGAGGUCUACGUUUGAUCUAGAAGACCGCUACAGACGACUGAAAAACCAGUACACUCGCCUGCGUAAUCUUCUUCUUGAGGUCCUCGCACGAGAACAGGCAGUCACCACGCUUAGCAGAGAACCUGAUAUUCUAGUAAAUUACAUGUGGAUGAAAGGAGUAGCGUGA